GAGUCUGAGAAAGUUUGGCCAGCUUGUCCAAGGUCUUAUACCCCAACCCAGAAUUCUGCUGGACUCCCAGAGUUCAUAAUUUUACACACAUCUCCCUCCCCUGAAUCACCCUGGGCAUGCUGUCUCUUUAAAUGUUCUUCCUGGACUUACAGCUAAUUAGGCAAGCUGGCUGUUCAAGAGCACAGUUUUGCUCUUUACUUUUAUUUCUAGCAAAUAAUAUACGUUAACAAUCGACUGCAUUCAAUACUGUGGUAUAUUCCCUGGGCUUCAGGGAAACUCAGCCUUCUUCAGCCCCAACCCUCCCUAGUCCUGAUUCCCGCCUUCCUGCCGUCCCGGGUGGGUUCCGUCUUUGUACCUGGCCCCCGGGGGCGAUCAAGGGUAACCACUACGUGUCAGGCGUGGCGCUUAGUGAAGUUGCAGCCGCUGUCUUCAAGGAUCCCUCCCCUCUCUAGUCCCUGAACGCUGCUCUCACCGGCCCUGUGCACCACCUUCUUGGGCCACAGCCAGGCCCCACCCAUGUAUUGACACUGAAGGGAACCUAGAAGCACUUGGCAUCCACUCUGUCCUGAUGCCCACGUCCAGGUGUAUAAAGCAGCUAGCAUCAGGUUGGGCUGCAUUUAGCAGAGACCCAACAUAACAGUGGCUUAACCAAGACAGAGGUUAUGUCUCUCUCCCACGCACAGCACAAGUCCAGGGAUGGGCAGUCUGAGGCCAGUAGGUCACCUCAGCUCCACAAAGUCCUCAGAGACCUGACCUCCAGGUUCCCACCGUACCGCUUGUAAGGCCCGAGAAGCACAUCCUGGGAAGGAAGAUGCGUUGCGGACCCCUGUGCCGAUUCCUGUGGCUUUGGCCCUAUUUGUCCUAUGUUGAAGCUGUGCCCAUCCGAAAAGUCCAGGAUGAUACCAAAACCCUCAUCAAGACGAUUGUCACCAGGAUCAGUGACAUUUCACACACGGCUGUCUCCUCCAAACAGAGGGUCGCUGGUCUAGACUUCAUUCCUGGGCUCCACCCUGUCCUGAGUCUGUCCAGGAUGGACCAGACAUUGGCCAUCUACCAACAGAUCCUCACCAGUCUGCAUUCCAGAAAUGUGAUCCAAAUAUCUAAUGACCUGGAGAACCUCCGAGAUCUUCUCCGCCUGCUGGCCUCUUCCAAGAGCUGCCCCUUGCCCCGGGCCAGGGGCCUGGAGAGCUUUGAGAGCCUGGGUGGUGUCCUAGAAGCCUCACUCUACUCCACGGAGGUGGUGGCCCUGAGUAGGCUGCAGGCGGCCCUCCAGGACAUGCUUGGGCGGCUGGACCUCAGCCCUGGGUGCUGAGCCCUCAAAGGCCUCUCUUCCCAAAGUCGAGGAGAGAGCCCUGGGCUCCCAGGUGUCUCCAGGAGAGAGUCCAUAUGGGUGUCCCUUCUCUAGACCCCGGACCAUUGCUCUCUCACACCUUUGUGCCCCUCUUCCAAAGGCCUAAGCCUCUGGAGGCAUGAAACCUCCGGAGACAGAAUGCAUGAUUCCAUGCUCACCGGAAAGGGGGACCCAGCCGGCAAAGAGUGAACUGGAUCUGGGAUUCUCGCCAAAGAGAACCUUCCCUUCUGUGCCACCUUCCCCCUCACUGCAUGCUUUAGCGUGACCUGGGGUGAUUUCGGGAGGUGCCCACCGAGCCUUUGGACCAUCGAGCAAGGUUCUGUCUGAGAAUUCUGGUGAAGGCUACGUCCACAGAGCUGCCAACUCCCUGGCAAUGCAUUAUUUAUUAUGCCUUUUAUUCUGGAAGGAUUGGAAGCAAAACAUCAGCUUUUCUAGGCUCUCUGGGGCCAGCCGGAGCUAAGGAUGCUGGUUCCAAUCCCACCAAUGGGCCUGACUAAAGCAAACCCAUUCCUAGUGACUUGAGGGCUCUCGAGUUAGUUCUUUGGUACCUGGCUUUGUUUCUACCGUGACAGAUGUGAAAUUACAGUAUUUUGCAAUGGCAUUGCCCUGAGCGGAUCUCCAAGGACCAGGUCAUUUCAAAAAGAAGAUGAAUUUUGUCAUCUGUGAUAUAUAGAUAAUGUGCACGUGUUAGCGGGAGUGUGUUUUCUGAAUCACAUUUGUGCAAUGGGCUCUUGGGAUUGGGGGGGUCAUUUCUCAUCUCUGCAACCACUUGGUGUGGUUUUCAUGAAAAGAUGACUCCUUCAGGGAGGUCGUGGGGGGCUUUGCCAGCCACGCAUGGAGGGAGUGGCACUGAAGACUGUCUCUUGGGGCAGUUGUGAGCUCUGGUCUUCUCCCAUUACUGGAGGGAGGUCUUUCUUACUGGGGUGACGCUCACUCUCUGGAGAUGGCGAUCCUCGGAGCAGGGAUCCUUGGUAGGGGCCUUGGAAUGGUCUAGAGAUGAUCCCACACUGGACUUGUAACACGGCAGGAGCCCUACUUGGGAUGUACCUACUGAAUUGUGGCUCUCAUCUGACUGGCUCCCCUAAAGCAAGACCGUGUUUCCCACUCCUUCAGAGUGGAUUUUGAUUCCAGUGGGAAGGUCUGAGGGCCUUUGUGGGCAGUCCCAGGACCUGGGCCAACACCACUUGGUGCCAGACUGCCAGGCCAGGCCUCCAGGAGUGCCCUUCCCACUGGAGAUCAUGUCUGGGGGUGACAAACCAGGAGGCUUGGGUUUUCCACCAUCCUGCCGCUGUGAUAAGGCCAUCACACUCUCGGCGGUGGAUCUGUCCAAGGAGAUUUGAAUCAAAGCUAUCAGCUUGGAGACUGAGCACCUCUUUGGCGCUCGGCCCGAUGGGUGCUAUGGGCUAGAGAAGCUCACCAAGUAAAGGUUAAAAUAGUCUUACCCUCAGGGACCUUGAAUUCCAGAUGGUAAAAAGUUUACACACCAGGAUGCAAAGGCUGGUCUUUUCACCAUGGCAACAGAGCAGGUGAACCAGCAUCCUGUUCAGCAGGCAGGAAACACGGAGCUGAGGAUGCCAGUGAUCAGGGGCCCCCAGGCCAGCCCUGCUUGCCUGUGGUAGCAUUUUUGCUUUGCAGGGCACGCCAGCUUUUCCUCCUGCGCAGCCACUUCCCUUUGAAGCAGCGCAGCUGACAAUUUAAAAAAUAAGAACAUAACCUAAGACCACAACCUCCGACAGGUGGCAGGGCUCAGAUUAGAGUUCAGGUCCUCUGACUCCCAGAAUGUUCUGGAGCGAGGUUAUGCUCCCGGGAGGUGCCAACAGCGUUGGGCAGGGUGGACCAGGAUUGCUUGCCGUGAGAAAGGAGUUGGAGUUGACUUUGCGACUUUGCAGGAGGCAAGGGAUGUGAAUUGUCUGGAGGGAGGGGGUUGUUUUGUUUGUGCUGAGACCGGGGUGAAGGUAUGUGGUUACAAAGAAAGUCAGACAAAGGAAAGACAAGACAGGAGGGAAAGGGAUGUGUUGAAGAGGCUUUCGGGUGCAAAGAAGUUUGAUAUCAAAAGCAUUAAUGUCGUUAGUUCCAGAACAGAGAUUCAUGAGAUGGGCCGAGUCAGACCCCUUCUGGAGACUAGGACCUCGGUAAUCAUUACCAUCCAUCAUGACCACCCAGUCAGGCUGGGAUUUUUUAAGCCUCUCACGUUCCAAAACCUGGUACCAGGGCUUAUUCUCAGAGUGUGAAAGUUCUAAAAUGUAAAUGAUUAUCUUCUUUUGUAACUUAAAAAAAAAAUUUGUUACUGUUAAAAAAAAAAAUCCAA